CCGGGAGCGCCGGCGCAGGCCAGCGGGCGAGCGGCUGAGGCCGGCCUGGCGGCGGCCAUGGACCGCUUCAUGUGGACCAGCGGCCUCCUGGAGAUCAACGAGACUCUGGUGAUCCAGCAGCGCGGCGUGCGCGUCUACGACGGCGAGGAGAAGAUAAAAUUUGAUGCUGGGACCCUCCUUCUUAGUACACACCGACUGAUUUGGAGAGAUCAGAAGAAUCAUGAGUGCUGCAUGGCCAUUCUUCUUUCCCAAAUUGUGUUCAUUGAAGAACAGGCAGCUGGGAUUGGGAAGAGUGCCAAAAUAGUGGUUCAUCUUCACCCAGCUCCUCCUAACAAAGAACCUGGCCCAUUCCAGAGUAGUAAGAACUCCUACAUCAAACUCUCCUUCAAAGAACAUGGCCAGAUUGAGUUUUAUAGGCGUUUAUCAGAGGAAAUGACACAGAGAAGAUGGGAGAAUAUGCCAGUUUCCCAGUCAUUACAAGCAAAUAGAGGACCCCAGCCAGGAAGAAUAAGGGCUGUAGGAAUUGUAGGUAUUGAAAGGAAACUGGAAGAAAAAAGAAAAGAAACCGACAAAAACAUUUCUGAGGCCUUUGAAGACCUUAGCAAACUAAUGAUCAAGGCUAAGGAAAUGGUGGAGUUAUCAAAAUCAAUUGCUAAUAAAAUUAAAGACAAACAAGGUGACAUCACAGAAGAUGAGACCAUCAGGUUUAAAUCCUAUUUGCUGAGCAUGGGAAUAGCUAACCCAGUUACCAGGGAAACCUAUGGCUCAGGCACACAGUACCACAUGCAGCUGGCCAAACAGCUGGCUGGAAUAUUGCAGACGCCUUUGGAGGAACGAGGGGGAAUCAUGUCACUCACGGAAGUGUACUGUUUAGUGAACCGAGCUCGAGGAAUGGAAUUGCUGUCACCAGAAGAUUUAGUGAAUGCAUGCAAGAUGCUUGAAGCGCUGAAAUUACCUCUCAGGCUUAGAGUUUUUGACAGUGGUGUCAUGGUAAUUGAGCUUCAGUCCCACAAGGAGGAGGAAAUGGUGGCCUCGGCCCUGGAGACGGUUUCAGAAAAGGGAUCCCUAACAUCAGAAGAGUUUGCUAAGCUUGUGGGAAUGUCUGUCCUCCUGGCCAAAGAAAGGUUGCUGCUUGCAGAGAAGAUGGGCCAUCUUUGCCGAGAUGACUCAGUAGAAGGCUUACGGUUUUACCCAAAUUUAUUUAUGACACAGAGCUAAGGAUUUUGUAUUUGAAAUACUUUUUGUCUAUACACUUGUGUCAUGUAGAGGUUGCUUGACAUUGGAACUAAGAGAUAAACCCUGAUAAACUAGGAAUUUAUUAGAACUUCACAGUAUAAUAUAAAACUUUUAAUUUCUCCCUCAAUAUUAUGGUCCAGGAAGCUUAUUUAGGAUACAUAUAGGAAAAUACAGAAAAUUGAAUACCAAUAUGAAUUUAAAAUCAUGCUAUAGCUGUGCAGGACCCUUAGAGUUUAACUUGAAAUAUGGUGGAUUUUAACUUGAUCCUCAAAUCUAACCAUUUUAUAAAGAAGGGAAUUUAGUUAUUGGGGAAGAUAAGAGAAGUUGCAUGUUUGGACAGUUUAGAAUAUUAUUUUCGUGUGACUAAAAUUCAUUGGAUUAUAACUGAAGUUUUUCUCUGAUGUGCCCAUUUUGGGGGGUUUUCAUGAAGGAAGUCAUAUCCACAGUGUAGUUUAAGUACCUGCCAACUCUAGAACAAAAUAUCAAACUGUGGAAUGCCAUAUGAGGCCCCUCCCAAAGGCCUUUAGAAGCAGUCAUAGGCAUUUCUUCAACCAACCAAAUAAAGCACCUUUAAAAAAGGAGAGAAUUUUAUUUGACUUACGUAUAUAUACUCCAACUAGUUUCUUUUCAUUUUUUUGAGUGAUGAUUUCAUGGCUGGCAUUUAAAGAAUGCAGCUGUAUCAUUUUGUUUAAAAAACGCUGUGGAUUUUGAAACUGAAUGAAAGAGCUGUACAGACAUGCCCAGAGUUAUAAUUACCAAUUUGGGAGGUAGAUAGCUACCUAGGAUUGUUGUGCAGGUGGAAGGGCACAAGGAACUUUUAACUGCUUCGCAGGAACUUUAGUGAAGCCAAGGACGAAGUAGAGAAGUAAUAUGUCUCCUUUUCCUUCCCUUAUGGAGUUUCAGCACUGAACUUUUAAAAAUCUUUCUAUCAUAUUCUAGCAAUAUUUUUUUUUCUUUGCCCUACACAUUAUAAGUUGUGUGGAGAAACUAUCUAGGUAAAAAGAUAGUUUGAGAUGAUAAAAACUGGCUAAUAUCACAUGUAGAUUGCUUGAGUUUUAAAGUAGACUGCCUGGCUUCAUGUGUUACUGCUCUACAGCUUACAGUAUGUUGCAUUACCUCAGACUCAGGGACCCCACAGGACAGAGAGAGACUUCCUUUCUGAGACUCAGUUGGAAGUGGACGGGUAGUGAUGGUUUUUGGCCAAGCCUCUGGAAGGGAUGGUAUCUGUAUUAGGAGAACCACUGGGACCAGGAGAAGGGAUGCCCAGGUUCCCACUCUGGGAACCCUGAGAUGUUCUCACUGGGUGAGGUGGAGGGCCACUGCCAGAGGCUGCUGCAAAUGUCCUCUGCGGAAGUGGCAGAGAUCCUUAGCUACAGAUUCAGGAGAUCCCAGCGAUCUCAUGAUCCCUGCGUGAAAAGAGGCUGUUUUUGCUUUGUGUCUACUGUCACAGGAAUGCCGUGGCUUAGGUAUCCUGCUUUAGUCUUCGUUUUACAAACCUUCACUGACUCUUCAUUGUGGUGACGGAUCCCCUUAUUACCCCAUUGCUCAGCCUCAGGUUUAUUUUGGGGGUGAUUCGGUGUCUGGCUGCUCAAGUCUUUUAGGGGUGAGUUGGAGCAUUGCUUCAGCUCGUUUGUAUGUUUUGACUCUGUGGGUUGCACUCACUUCACACUGCUCUGGCAAACUUGUAUAUACACACACACACGCACACACGAUAUCUCAUCUGGCUAAGGUUUUUUAAAAUUACAAAGAUUAAUAAUAAUCUGUUUCAUGAGUUGAUAUGAGCUGCAAGUAAGAUUGUUAGAGCCACUGGAUUUAACUUUAAUGGUUUGGAUUCAUUAAGUAAACCUACAUAAUUCAACAUACUUACUUACUUUAGUGUGACAACAGAUGAACAAAAAUGCAGCAAUCUGAAUUGCAUAAAGUGAAGAAAAGUGACAUAUGAAUAUAUUUUGCAAAUGUCACAUUAGUUAAAAAAAAGCAUGACUGGUUUUAUUAUUUUAUUUUUAAAGUGGGUAUUCUCACUGUUUCCUGAGCUCUAUAUGUCCUUUUAUCGUUUUUUUUUUUUUUGCCAAAUAAGGUUUUAAUUUUUGGUCCUCUAUUGGUAGAUGUUAUGUUUAAAUACAAACGAUCAGGCCCUAAGUGCAAAAAAGUUCUGACUUGGUGCUUAUCACUGGUAUAAUUACUAUUUUUGCUUUCCUAACUUCGCUCUUAGGAGCGUGAAUCUCUUUAUAGCUUUAUGGUAAUGGAAUAUUUCUAGUCAUGUAAUGUCAAGAAAAAAUUUUUUACAUUGUGUAAGUGAAGAUUGUUUUCAGGGUUAAUUGCUUGGUAUUAAUUUAUAUAGAAUAAAAUUAUUGCAAAAUUUUAAAAUGAUUUUUCUUAACUUGGUGUUCUUUUUAAAUACUCUGAAAAAUACAUGAAAAUGAUAAACCUUUAAGUCGCACUAAGCCAGUAUGUUAAGAAUUUUUCUUUUCGGUUUUAUAAUCAAGAGUUGCUUAUAAAUAUUUAUUACAUCAAGCUCUUACUAUUUUAGUUGUCUUAAAGGAACGGGAAAUGAGUCAUAAGCUUUCUUUUUUAAAAAAAUUCUUGAUGUGAAUUCCACUGUUGAUUGACCACGUGUAUUCAUGUGAAUGUGCUAUCUCUUGUUCCCUGUUACCAGACUAAUAUGACCAGAAUGUGGACUCAUCACGUCAUCAUUCUCGUGCUCAGAUACUUAAAAUGGUUCUUUUUUGCUCAACAGUCACUGAGUCUUCAUUUGGUUCAAUGGAUUCACAACUUGUAAGGAGGUUAGGAUUUAAAGACUGUGCCAAAGGACAAAAUCAAGCAUGCUCAAAAUGAUCCUUGAAAAUCUCCUAAACUGCCAAUAAAGUUCUCUUUAUAGUCUUACA